UGAAGUAGGUCAAGGCGUUCACAGCGCAAUCGCUAACUCACUUAAAAGUAAACACAAGUUGACUGGAAAUGAAAUAACCACUCAGCCAUGAAGGAAGACAAGGAAAACACUCGCCCGAAAGAGAAAAAGGUGGAACUAAAAUGUGAAGAUGGAGAAAAGACAGAGAAGCCAAAGGAAAAGAAAGAGGCCAUGACAAAGAUUGUGAUCAGACGUUUACCGCCGAGUCUAACCAAGGAGGAACUGGAGGAACAAUUACAGCCACUUCCGGAGGUGGACUAUCUAGAGUUCUUCUCCAACGACACCAGCCUUUACCCCCACCUCUUUGCACGGGCGUACAUUAAUUUCAAAAAUCAGGAGGAUAUUGUCCUCUUCAGAGAUCGAUUUGAUGGAUAUGUAUUCAUAGAUAACAGAGGGCAAGAGUACCCAGCAAUUGUGGAGUUUGCACCCUUUCAAAAGACUGCCAAGAAAAGAAGUAAAAAAAGGGAUGCAAAAUGUGGCACAAUAGACGAAGAUCCCGAUUACAAAAAGUUCCUGGAAUAUUAUAAUGGAGAUCAUGAAAAAUUUACCUCAACACCAGAGACUCUGUUGGAAGAAAUAGAGGCAAAGUCAAAGGAACUUGUUGCUAAGAAAACGACCCCUCUUCUGGACUUUCUAAAAAACAAACAGAGGCUCAGAAAGGAAAAGAAAGAGGAGAGGAGAAGGAGGGAGCUUGAGCGCAAGCGCCUGCGUGAUGAGGAGCGUCGCAAAUGGCGGGAGGAGGACAGAAGGAACCGCAAAGAGGCCGAAAAGAUGAAGAAAACUGACAAACCCUCAGAGAAAGAUAAGGACCAAGUAAAGGAAGAACCAAAAAUUAAGCUCCUGAAGAAACCAAUCAGAGGGGAUGAUGCUGAUCCGGAGAAACCAAAGGAGAAGCCCAAAAGAGCAGAGAAGUCAAUGAAAGAAGACCGAAUCUUGGGAAGUGGGGAAUCAAAGAGGCGUCAGAACGUUGAGACUAAAGAAGACCGAGGGCGCAAAGGGGAUGAAGAAGGGCGUAAAGAGUUCCGGGACCGGGAGACGGAACGAGACAGGGAAAGAGAACGAAGGCAAAAAGAGAAAGAGCGUAUCAGACGACAGGAUGAGGAUCGGCGAAGGAGGAGGGAACGACAAGAUGGAGAGAACACCUGUAGGAAGAGGGAGGAAGAGGGGAAGAAAGAGAAGGACCGUAUUUGGGAGAAGAAAAAGGCAGAGGGUACCGGAGAGUCCACUCACACAGAAAGACCAGAGAAGCCAGCUAAAGAAAACCGAAAAGAGGAGAGUGUUAAAAGAGAUCGUUUACGAAACAAGGAUCGGCCUGCUAUUCAGCUGUACCAGCCAGGAGCCAGAAGCCGCAAUCGAGUGUCAGGGGGUGGUGGCAGCAGUGGAGGGGGAGAAUCCCACACUGGGGACAGGAAGCCAGAUACUGAGUCUAAGAGACCCCAUGACAAAGGAGAUGACUGAUGAAGUUUUGACAAAUGGCAGUGUUAGGUCAGGUGAGCAGAGGGAGAUAGGCUUGCAUUGCUCGGAGCAGCGUUCUGGCACCACAGAGCCAUGUGUAGUGCCCCUUCAAGAAAAGUUGCAGCCCAAGUGCUCCCAAUAUCAGUUAGAGGCUGUGAUGUAACAGUGGUACCUCUUAGUGCCUGAUUGUGACCCUGUUUAGUUUCGUUUAAGAAAGGUAAGGGUAACCUUGCACUUCAUGAAUAUUGUAGGAGUUUGGCUUGAGGGCACAAUAGGAUAAGCCAAAGCUUUCUGGGACCACAUGAAAUCCAAGUGACCUUAUUACAGUAUUUUCUCAGCUGUAUAGCAUUGAACACACUGGAAGUAAUAAAUUGAGCUUUCAGUGUAGUUUUCCAUUGAUGCCACUCAAAAUGUAACUGCAGGGAACAUCCGUGCAUAGCUACCGUGUAAGACUAUAUCGACAUUAAGCCAAUCAUCAAAGCUACACUGUAUUUACAUGUCAAGUAGAGGAUACAUUGUAGUGGGGGGGUUUCUUCAUACAUGGAACAUUAAUUGGUUCUUGAUUGACUGUUUAUGCCUAAGGAAAUAGCUUAUCUUAGAAAAAUAUACAAAUGCUCCAAAGAAAAAGGUUGGCAACCUUACUAGUAAAACUGUUUCUUUAUGUACCUUAGGACAUAUUUUGAGCAUAGUUGUUUUUUUUCCCUUCAUAAGCAAAGAACCAUUUGUUUAGCUUGUUCAUUCAUACAGUGAUUGAAGAGAAAUAGCCAUUGUUGAUGAUGCAGAAACUGAGAGCCAUGUUUUGAUUCUAAUCUGCAAGCAGCCUUUAAUCUGAGUGAUCAUCUUGUGGCCUUCACCGUUCUAAUUUGAGAUUCUCCUCCCUUUUAUUUGUGAUUAACUAAAUUGUACAAAAAGCGUAUCGCUACUGUUGAUGCUGCCAUAGCCACUCUCAACUGGAAAUAAAAGAUUC